AUGACUCAGAUUCGACGACAAAAACUAAUACAACUAAAGUUGGACGCUGCCGAACAACGCGCACGACUACACCUGCAGCUUCUGGAGGAAAAACUAGCCAUCGAAAGUCAGGCCCUAGAAGAGGAAGAAGAUCCGCAACUGACAUGCAAUCCACCAGCGAGCUUAGGCGUGAAGACCGUCACGCUGUCACAUAUAUCGGAGUGGCUUAUGACAAUAGCCAACGCUGCUUCAUUCAUCAGUCCUCUGACCACCAAGACGCCUAGUGAUGUGAAACCACCGACCAGACCGGAUCCUAGACCUUGGAGACCUGCAGUGAUGGCGACGACUCCAACGGCAGUAAAUUUAUCCUGUACUCUUUGCGGCGAUGCGCAUGACAUACAAAGCUGUGAGAGGUUCAUACAGAUGACGACAGACGAUCGUUGGAGAUUCGUAACUGAGAAGAAGUUGUGUUUUUCAUGUUUGUCCAGCCGACAUCAAUUAAGGGCUUGUGAAAAAAAGACGAAGUGUGCUGUUCGCGACUGCAUGAGGGUUCAUCACACUUUGCUCCACGCUGUGCGACGCGUCAUGAAGAUUGAUAAUGCUGUCAACCACACGGACAAGACCGUUAAUACUCUCAACAGUGCGGAUCGGCAUGUAUUUUUAAAAGUGGUUCCAGUUGUAGUAUCCGGAGCGAAAGGUGACGUGCUAACUUAUGCACUUUUAGACGAGGGAGCAGCAGUGACACUCGUGAACUCGUCACUUCUGGAGAGAGCUGGCAUCACUGGACCGACGUCGAGCCUUCGCAUCCGCGGCGCGUCCGGCAUGACAACCAUCGAACCGAACUCUAGACUAGUUUCUUUUAAUAUUCGCGGAGUAAAUGUGUCAAAUGUAUAUAAUGUAAAUAGUGCACGUUCUGUAAAUAAUCUUAAUAUAUGUGUAGAUAGUUUUAGAUAUAAGAAAAUUGUAAACAAAUAUCCAUGGGUGAUUGACUAUGUAACUGACUAUGACAUACGGCCUGACAUGAUUGAACUUCUUAUUGGACAAGACAACAUUGAUUUGAUUAUUACUAGACAGAUAAUACAAAGACAUAAGACUGGACCAAUAGUUUCUAAGACUGACUUAGGCUACGUAGUUCAUGGAAAUGUAGGACUGGGUAGUGUACCAGACGAUGCAACUGUUUUACAUUCUUGUCGAUGUGACGAACUACACGAGCUGGUCAAGCAGUCUUUCUCCACAGACUCGUUUGGCGUUAAGCAGACUAACGACUUUCCUCGUUCUCGAGAGGAUCAGCUAGCGCUGAGCAUCAUGGAGCGAACCACUAAGCUCUUGCCCGAAGGCAGGUGGGAGACUGGCCUGCUUUGGAAGUCUGACGAUCUUCAGCUGCCGGAUAGCCUACCGUUGGCUAUGAGCCGACUCAACGGUGUUCAGAAGAAAAUGGUGAGCUUCCCAGAGUUUGCUUUUCAGUACAGGUCUAAGAUAGAAGAAAAUUUGGACAAAGGGUACAUCACGAAAAUUCAACCAGGAGAUCCUGCGACUAAGACUAGGAUCUGGUACUUGCCGCAUUUUGCAGUCUUCAACCCCAACAAACCGAAUAAGCUGCGGAUUGUUUUAGACUGUGCUGCGAAGUCUGGUGGUAAGUCUUUUAAUGAUUUCCUACUGCGAGGACCUGACUUUUUGACAUCACUACCAGCAGUCUUAUUAAAGUUCCGGACAGGCAAGUUUGCUGUGACAGCGGACAUACAGGAAAUGUUCCACAGAGUUCUCAUCCGACCGGAAGAUAGACAUGCUCAGAGAAUUUUGUGGGAUGGCGAAACUUACAUCAUGAACGUCAUGACCUUUGGUGCUGUAUGCUCGCCGUCAUCAGCACAAUUUGUUAAAAAUAUAAAUGCUCGUAGGUAUGAGACGACAAAACCUGAAGCAUAUAAAGCAAUUGUUGAUCACCACUAUGUCGAUGAUUAUAUCCACUCUUUCGAUCAUGAAGAUGAUCUGAUCCGGGUGGUGGAUGACGUGGUACACAUUCAUGCUUCAGGUGGGUUUAACUUACGUAAUUUUGUAUCGAACUCAAAACGUUUACUAGCUCAUUUACCGGCUGAGAAACUUGCCCCGAGCUGUCUGAAAAUCCUCUCAGACGUUAAAGAUGACCAGGUUGAAAGAGUACUCGGAGUGCGUUGGGAUCGAGAGACUGACGAAUUUCUAUUUCAUUUGAAGUUCCCGAAG